AAACCACCUGAAGAUCAGUUUUUGCACCUGCCAUGGCAGGUGCACGGUGGGAGGGGUCAGAACAACGCUAGUAAAGUUUUUUUGCACUUAUUUUACUCGAGAUUUAAAAUAAGAAUUGAAAAAUUAACGAAUAUAAUAAAAUUGUAUAAGUUACAUUAAAGGAAAUUACAUACUUAUUUGUUGAAAUACAAAGCUGCUUCAAAGAGAAAGUUUUGAAUUAGUAGGUUGAUAAGAAGCCACCAGAUAGCAUUCUCCUUAUCGUUUGUUUGUUUUUUUUUGCAAAAACUAAUAAAAUCUCAUAAAUAAAAUUUGAAUAAUUCUUAAUAAAACUAAUAUUUUCGUUCUUCAAUUUCCUAAAAUAGGUAUUCUUCCCAAGUUAAAAGUGAGAUAAUAAGUUAUAUAUUCCAUUUGAAUAAUUCAUACAGCGCACUCUACAGUACAAGUUAGCUAAUCGAUAGACGCAGUGCUGGUGGCUAGUGACUCACGGAAUCUAUACAUUUUGUUACUUAUAUGUGACAUUUUCAUACGUUCUGUAACGAAAUUUCAAUUAUGUUUUAGUGUAGUUUCGUUUGUGCCAAGUGUGCAUCGUUCUGUUUUAACUAGUUUAUGGAUUAAGGCGCAAUGAUUUACCAAGGGCUAUACUUAUUUGCCGCUUAUCUGAUUAUUUUUGGAGAAGCAUUUACUUCCAGUUCUAGCCCCGAACCUUUCUUAGAUGGAGUUCCCAGACUUUCAUUGCAAAAUCUAGAGGCUGGAUAUCAUGGACUCGUCAAAGAAAAUGAAACUGUUGUUGAAGUUACCCCAACAAUUAGAGGUGUUGGUGCAAAAAUUUGCGGUUUUCACAUCGUAAAUAAACAUCAUGGUGAAGCACCUUUUCAGAUUAUUUUGAAAGAGAACGGUGAAGCAGAAUUGAAAGCUCGGAGAGUGUUAAACUGUGAAAAAAGAAAAAAUUAUAAAUUUGAUAUUGCUGCUGUUUCUUGUUCUGGUCUUCAAUCUGAAAAUGCUACUGUUCACAUCACAGUUAUGGAUAUCAACGAGUUUGCCCCUGUUUUCCUGGAGCCCUCCUAUGUGUGCCAGGUAGAUGAGGGAAGGUUGUAUUCUGAAAUCGUUAGGGUUGAAGCGACUGACAGGGAUUGCACUCCCAAGUUUGGAGAUAUAUGCAAGUAUGAAAUUCUGACCACUGAUCAACCUUUCACGAUUGAUAACGAAGGUACAAUCAGAAACACUGAACCAUUGGAUUAUGAAAGAAGUCAUAACCAUAUUUUAUCUGUUGUUGCCUAUGAUUGUGGAAUGAAACAAUCUCAACCCGUUAUGGUCACUGUUAAAGUCAAUCGAAUUUGUAAACUUGGUUGGAAAGGAAUCGCAGAGAGAGUUGACUACGUUCCAAGCAGUGGUCGUGAGGACUUGUUCCCAGCCGCCCAGCUGAAGCUGUGUGAUAUGCCUUGCGCUGUCCAUUCGGUUCAGGCCAAGCUCUCUUUAGCCACCAAGCAUAUCGACAAGGGUUGUGAUCGGGACACUUACUCAGUUGCCAGCCAGAGGAAGAUUUGUGGUGCUAGUGCUGACAGUAUUGAACUUCUGGCUCCUAACACUAAAGGUGUUUCAACUGAUGAUGGGCAUGAAAGUGAUCAAAUAUUUGAAUUUGAUGGUGUCAGCUCAGCCGUCAGUGUCUCUAAUGAAGUACUGAACCAUGGUCUGGCUCCAAUCUUCACUAUCGCUACCUGGUUGAAGCAUAAGAACCAUCCUAAUCAAGAUAAACAUGUUAAGGAACAUAUUCUUUGUUCUGCUGAUGACCAUAAAAUGAAUAGGCACCAUUAUGCCUGGUUUGUGAGGAACUGCCGUUUAAUUUUGUUGCUAAGAAGAGAUUUCUCAGAAGGAGAUUUGAAUAUCUUUAGACCUGCUGAAUGGAGAUGGAAUCUACCCCAGGUUUGUGAUGAUGAAUGGCACCAUUAUGCCGUCUCAGUUCAGUUUCCUGAAGUUCAACUCUAUGUCGACGGAUCACUUUUCAAAUCAGAAAAGAAAAACCCUGAAGUCAUUGAUGAUUGGCCUCUCCAUCCUACCAAGGGCAUUAAUACUACUCUUACUGUCGGUGCCUGCUGGCAAGGAUCCGAAAACAAAAUGAAGCACCACCUCCACGGCUACCUAGCUGGUCUCUCUGUCCUGUUAAACAAAGUCGAGAAGCCUUCGGUGCUCAGCUGCCUUCAUAAAUGCAAAGAGAGCCUUGAUGUUCCUCCAAUGGAGCUCCUAGAGCCAGGAAUGGAACUUCUCACCAACAGCGAUUUGACUGAAUUGUCGAUUGAGGGUGACAACAAAACAAAUCUUGAAGUACUAAUUAAAAAAAUUGGAUAUACUAACUCAAGAGAUUUCCCUACACCCGGAAGAAGAAAUCUCCACUUAUCAACCACUAUUACAUGUGAUGGAGGCAGGACAGUCAAAGUACCAAAUGUAGAGAGUUACGUCAUGGUGUUGCCGCCACAGCAGCCUUCAUUAGUUAUCAACGGUACUUCCAAUUUGGCCAGUGAUUAUCAUGAUUUCAGAGAAGGAGUCAAAGUGUUCACUGACGUUCAUGUUGGAGUGUCACCACCUGGCAAAUCAUGGAAAAAUACAGCCGAUGAGUCAGCUGAGAAACGUUUAGAUUCGUGCGUCGUAACUGUCUACCCAUCACUAAAUCCAGACCACGAGACUUUGACCGUCCCCCAUAACAUGAUAACGCAGUUUGGUAUUACAGCCAAGCUUAGUAAGGAUGGAGCUACACUUAUUGGUUCAAAUAUCAUCUACAAUUAUCAACAAGUUUUGAGGCAGAUUCAAUAUACCAACAGGAAGCCAGCUUACUAUCUUAACCGUGUAUUUAAAUUGAUUUGUUCUGAAAUGAAUGGUCGUUUCCUUAGCAACGAAUACGUACAAACUUUGACAGUGAUCCACCCAAGAGCAAGAACAAAUACUGCUGGUGGUGCUCUGCCUGGAGGUGUUGUUGUUGAGGAACAAGCCACUAAGAUCCCAGUUGCCCAUGCUCAAGUCGCACAGCAUCAUGUUGACGUUCAUCCGCAUGCCGUUAUCGAGCACUACGAGAGGCAGCCCCUUGUUUCAGCAACAAGUCAUGCUGUUACUAUAAUAAUGGUGGUUUGUGUUGGCUUCCUUGUCGUUAUGAUUGUACUUGGAGUUGUGAGGAUACGGGCUGCUCAUCAAAGACAUGCACAGGAAGAGCUGAAUGAUGCAGAAAUGGCUUGGGAUGAUUCUGCGCUUAAUAUAACUGUUAAUCCUAUGGAAGAGGAAGGAGAAGAGGCUGGUGGGCGAAGAUCAGGUGAAGGAGAUCAAGAUAAUGAUUCAUCUGAUGAUAAUUCAAGCUAUCGAGAAGAUGAGGAGUUGGACUCAUCAGAUGAGGAGGAGCAUAUCACCGUUGGGAAGUUAAAGGACCUCGAGUGGGACAACUCGACUCUUGCCUAAACAUCUUGCCCCACCCUACCUCCUUUCCCUUCCUCUUUCCUUAUGCCCAUAAACACCAUUACACUUGCAGACAGGUAUACACAGAAGAAAAAUGGAGUAAAAGGAAACAUUUAGAAUAUUUUAUUUUCACAAAGUUAACUUUAUAAAUAUAUUAUAUAUAAUAAUACUACUAUAAUGAAAUGUAUAGAAUACUGUAUUUGAUCUUUAAAACUGUGUAUAGAAGAAUGAAUAUGUUUAUAAGGGAAAUAUAUGGAUGUUAUUUCGACGUGUGGCGGAAUGUUAAGAGAGACCAAAAUAUAUAAUGGGGUUUCACUUCAAAAUUCGAUAUAUAAUGUUUACAUUAUGGUUCUGAUUUAGGGCUUUGUAUGUUUAUAUAUAUAUACUGAUCUCUUACAAAGAUUGUUUCUUGAAAGAAAAAAGUUAUGCUAAGUAUUUCGAUUUCUUUUCAUUCAUUUUUUUGUAUUAUGUGUAAUAUUCGUCCUGUAAAUAAAGUUUAAACAAGCCCAUUUAAAAUCUUUUUUUAUUCAGUAUUACAUCCCGGUGUUGAUGUAGUAUUAUAUCGGGUUUCAAAUGAAAAUUAAAAAAAAAAAAAUUAAAAAAAAUGUCUAACCUUAGUAUCUAUUUCGUAUUUCACCGACGGUCAGCACCCCUUUCAAUUUCCUCUUCUGCUAAUGUAUGAGAAAAUUGUUAAUGGUGCUAUGGUAUGUACGGUGUAAGCAGGGUUUUUGUACUUAAUUUUGUCCAUCCAUUUUGUAAUUCCUACUUUUUCAAAGUGGGUCUAGAAUAAUGUAUCCACUCGAAAUAAAUAAGCCUUGUCCACUCUUGAAGAUUGCUUUUCAUUACAGAGUUAAGAACACAAUUUUUUGUUUAUUAUUGUUGUUUUAAUUUAUGUUACGGAUGCUAUGAAUGCUAAUAGACUUAGAUAAUAUACUUAAUAUAUAUUUAGAAGUGCCAUUUUAUUUUAAAUAUAUCGCUUGGGGAUGUCCAACUUAUAAGUUUGGUUUCUUUGUAUAUUGAUGAUAUAUUUUUGUUAUUAAUGUUUUAGUAUAAAAUUACUAAAAAACUAAUUCUUAUAGCUACAUAGUAGAUGACUAAUCACAACAUAUUAUAUUGCACAUAUGGAGUAUAUGUGAUUUAAUUUUUAAUACCCCUAAACCGUUCAGCAUUAUUUUUUGUAUGUAAUCAUGAAGGGAAAAAAAAAGAAGUUAUAAAUACUUCAGUCACUUGAUUGUGACCUUCUUACGUCUAUAAUGUAUAUUAUAUAUUUAAAAACAAAAAGUUUUUAUGUGGAAUCAAAUGCCAUGGUAAUGCAAACGUUGGUCUCAUCAAAUUUUAUCACUGUUCAUAAAAUCAGUUCUAGCCAUUCUUUUUUCGGGUCUAUUUGCAUCAUUAACCUUUACAACAGCACAUUGGUAUGUUUUGAAAUUAAAAAGACAAUAAUAGUUCUAUUGUAUAUUAGCACACUGUGUAGCAAUUAGACCCUCAGGGAACGGCUUCUUUAAUGAACGGUUGGUGACUUUUAAAAUGGCCAAUAUUUGUCUCUUAUACCUUUUGAACCUUUCCCUCCCUAAUAUUAUUAUAGUGAAAAGUAUUUAUAAUUAAAUUCAAUUUUGUCUUUUCUUGUCGCAGCUUUUUAUUUUUAUAUAUAUCACAACUCCUAGUAUAAGAACAUAUAUUUUUAUGCAUAUCACUGUAGCUUGAAUGUAGGUGUUGUUCAAAUAAGUGUUGGUUGUGUUGUCACUUUGGUUCUAACAUUCCAUUUAUGUUUUAAGUUUUACUAUGACAACGUUAUCGACUUGAAUCCUGUCUACCGUUUUUGUUGUAAUUAAUGUAUAGCCUUUUUCUCCACAUAUUUUGUACUCUUACAAACAUGAAUGUGGUACGUAGGAACUAGGUAACUGUUAGUGUUAAUUAGGAUCCUAAUUGAAUAGUAAUAACUUACUAUGUACUGGUGGUUUUUCAAUUUUUUAAUUUAUAAAACAAAAUAUUUCCUAAUGUUGUCUUUUUUAUUUUAAUACUCAGGAAUUUUUGUUGAAACAGUUUAACUGAAGUGGUAAUUUGUUAAAAGCGUAACUUGCAAGCUUUUCAUCUAAAUCUAAUAAUUUAAAAAAAAUAUAUAUAUAGGUGUAGGACCGACAAUAGAUUAAGAUUUUUGAGUAACAGCAUGUUAUACAUCCUCUUCCCACAGGGGUCUUGAUUUAUAUUGAGCAGUGUAUAUUUAAAUCAAUUGGAUAUAAUAAUGCAAAAAAAAGUUUGUUUAGAUUACCACAGUGGCAUUAGCCUCGACCUAAGUGUGGAGAGAACUUGACCAGCAGUGAUAUUUAUUUGUUCUAGAGGUGAUUAUGUAUAUAAUAGAUAUGUUUGAAAUUAAAAGUAAUAAUCCAUUUUAUUGGAAUUAAACACUUCGAGUUUAUCAACAAGUUAGUGUUAAAAGCAUUGUUACUAAAAGUAUAGAUUUGGUUGAUUUGAGUAUAAGCUGCUAUAUAAAAUCAAGACCAACCUUGUGGUGGUAUAACAAUUUUGUUUUUUACUUGAUGAAUUUCAAGUUUUUGUAUGUUGUACUAAAAUCUGUCCAUCGCACAGACACUUUUGUAUUUAUAAAUACUUAUUGUUUAUAUUAAUAGUUUUUGAUGUAUUCGCAGUAUUGUCAAUAAAACCUACACCUUUUAUUCAUUCAAAAAAAAAAAAAAAAAAACCAAUCCAUAUUUGAUUAUUACGAAGUCAACUGCCAUUAUUUUUGGGAUGACUAUAUUUUUGUAUAUUUAUCCAAGCCUCUUUGAGACUUGAUGUGGGUGGUACUUUUUUAAGAACAAUUUCUAGGAAGAAUACCCUAGAAAGAAGAAACGGUUUGUUUCUGGAAUAAUUCAUCCAUAUUGAGGAUAUAUUGGCAGCAGUGAAGCCCUCCC